AUGACAUCCGUGAACCCUUCCUCGCCGAGCCUGCAUUCAGAUCAAGAUUUAGAUGACUCCAGGGAUUCCACCUCUUCCGGGUUUUCCAGCACAGUUAUACCGAAAUACGUUUCAAGUCAUUUGACUGAUGCGCCUUCAAAGAAUGACUGCAAAGUCGCCGCAGUGACAUCCCAUGGUGUUGAAGAUAUUCUAUCAGAUGGUGUUAAUUACAGUGCUAGUGAUAAUGUGUUUUCGGAUUGUAAAACAGAAGUGUUGCCCUCAUUACCUCAUUCAUUUGUGCAAGACGAAUCGAUGUACAACUCAAGAGAUUCGACAGGAUUUAGUAUUCACGAUAUACUGGGACUGAAUCAGUCAUACCAGGUUGUUAAUACGCAAGAAGACAUGGAGCCUAGAUACGACUAUCAGAUCGCAAAUUACGAGACUAUUAGCAACAGCCCCAAUAAGAACUAUGGAUCUGGAACUGAUGAGUUGGUUUCCGACGAUUGUAUAGACAAGGCCGAUAACAUGUUCACAUCUGCUUCAAUACCAGUCGUGAACCAAGUCGCUUACAACAGAAACUAUGCAGCUAAUGAACCUGUUAGAUAUCAUUCUCGAAGCGGUCUAGACAAUGAUAUUGCUAAAGAUCCUGGAAAAGAAGUUAACUUGAAUGAAUCCAGUUUUCCCGGUCAGACAUCCACAUGGAAUUCUAAAUCUUCAUCGAGUAGUUCAAUUCUAAGAAACUCAUCAUUAUCCAACGAUAUGUCGACUGAUUCAUCGCCCUACCAAAAGGGUUUUACCAAACGUGCUCGAACUGCUUAUACAAGUUCACAGCUGGUUGAAUUAGAAAAUGAAUUUCAUCAGAAUCGAUACCUGUGUCGACCAAGACGGAUAGAACUUGCAACAUAUUUGCAACUAUCUGAACGACAAAUAAAGAUAUGGUUCCAAAAUCGCCGGAUGAAAUACAAAAAAGAUAACAAACACAAUAAGCCGUCGUCGUCGGUGGACGAUAGCAGCCCCUCGAGCUCUAAGGAAUUAUCGCCAACUCAAGACCACAAGAUGAGUCACGGAAGAAGCUGUAGCGGCCACGAUAGACAUCGACGACUUCUAACUGACAGCCACGCGAGUCACAAAGUGUACCAUUCCUCCAGCGAGACUAUGUCAAGACCUCCAGACUACGCAUCAGUAGGUAAUCUAAAAUCCGUCAUCAAAGGUCCUCAAAGUACUAUCGAGUUGCCGUCGUACACUCCAAAUCUGAGUUAUUCAUCGUAUUACACCGCAGGAACUGGCAGGCCUACUUACUCACCCAUGUCUGAGGUUUAUCGGUACACGACUGAUGAGUCAUUGCAGCCGAAUUCUAACUCGUUGUCAACGCUCGCUUCAGAUAGCUACGUUCCGAACGGUGUCAACUUGAAACUAAAUGACGAUUUGAAUAGAUACGCAGCAGGAUCCGCUUACUACAGUCCGUUAUCGUCGAGCCUGGUGAUGCAUCCUCCAACAUCGGACUCGUAUGGAUUUAGUUCUUCAAUUUCAUCCGUACCGGCACCGACAUACGAAGAUGCCAGUCUUCAACCAAGGUCUUCAACUUUGCCAUUGACAACGGACCCGUACUUCUCAUACUUAACGGCGGCCCCUGAAGCAACUAGUCACUCAUCAACUCCUAGCAGCAAGUAUUCUUCUUACAUAUCUUUAUGA